GUUUUUUAUGUAACACCCAAUUCAAACUAAUGUUCCACGUGAAUCAAAGUUUAUUGACAGCCGACUGUUAAACACUGAUGAACUUGAUACCUGUGCAGUGCUCCAGGACAAAUCACUGAUGCGUCAGAUCAGAAUGAAGCGCGCAAACCGAAACCCAGAGGAAUCGAGCCUCUUCCUAGAGGUCUGUAACAUCAGCGGAGCUGCAGUCCUUCCUCUGCACUCCUCCAUCACUCUGUUCCUUCUGUCCUACACUGAGUGCGAGUCUUUCCAGGUUUACCUAGUCUCAGAUCAGCCUGGCAGUGUAGAAGCUUUGGCAGGUUCCCUUCCAAAGAAACUGGCUGUGUCUGAAGUGAAGAGGGCAGAAACUCCAGCCCUGGUGGCAGCAUGUCGUCUGCCGGUUGUGGUGGAGCCGAAUGGAUGUUUCUGCAGAGCCGGACUGGCUGUGGUGCUCAGACACAUUAUCCAGAUGACCUGCCGCCUGGAGCCACAACGCAGAGACGUGGCCUCACUGCUGGGCUUUAAGAACACCUGCCUGAAGGCCUGUGCUGAGGUGAGAGCAAAAGUGAGCCGCUGGACCAGGUUAUGCGAGCUGGACAUUCCCUCAGCAGUCGAGGAUCACCUACGUAACCCGACAGAGGAGCGACUCCAUCUUCCCGCCGCUCUCCUCCAGCUGGAGCACCGCCUGGCCGAACCGGUCAAGGUGCACAACGAUGACAAACUCCGCCGUCACAAACUUCAGCAGCAGAAGAACUCUGAGAAGAACUCUCAACCACCCGAGAGCCAGCAGGAUGGUCCUCAGAGCAAGAACCGGUGUGGACUGGAGAUGAAUGCAGCUCUGGCCAAACUGUCUGUGGACGGAGCGCCACCUGUUCCCACCACCAGAGAGCGCUCUGAUAUAAGGAAAGUGAAGACCACUGAGCUGCCAGAAUUGGAGCAUGUGUUCGCCGAGGGGCUUUACUUCACACUCACUGAUGUGGUGCUGCUGCCGUGCAUCCAUCGAUACCUGGUCUCACUCCAGAAUCACGCUCCUCACGUCCUGCUCCAGCUCCCUCUGCUGCUGCGCUGGUAUCAGCGUAUGAAGGAACUGCCAGGGGUCUGCUGUGCUGCAGAGGAUUGUGGGAUUGCUCUGUUCACCCCGCAGGUACCGCAGCCCUGCUCGACUCGCCCAGAUGCUCCUCAUUGCGUGGUCGAAUCGGACCAGGAAACCCUUGCGCCAUCUCAAGAGCACUUUGUGGGAGGGCCUCGACCCACACUUACCAAACUCCAGGAACAUGGGAUCGAAGCUGUCUUCUCCCAACACCCCUGCCCAGCAUGGACCCUCAACUGGGAGGAUCUGCCUGCUGCCGUCAACCCCACUGAAGGGAAGAUGUCAGACACUCGAGCUGUACGCAAGCGGCAGCAGCUGAACAACCUGGUGGCCAUGGCGAAGGAACUCGCUGCUCCUGAUCACACUAUAGUGGACUUCUGUAGUGGAGGAGGCCAUGUUGGAAUUGUUUUGGCGCACACGCUUCCUCAGUGUCAGGUCAUCCUUAUAGAAAACAAAGAAGAGUCUCUGAUUCGAGCGAGAGACAGAAGCUCACAGCUCGGACUUCAGAACAUCAGCUUCAUCCAGGCGAACCUCGACUACUUCGUAGGGACCUUCCAAGUCGGGGUGGCUCUACAUGCAUGUGGUGUGGCAACAGACAUGGUUCUAGAUCGCUGCGUUCAGGCCAGAGCCGGAUUCGUGAUCAGUCCAUGCUGUUACGGCUUCAUCCAGAAUACACUCAAGUUCAGCUUCCCUAGGAGUAAGAAGUUUGCAGAUGCGUUGAUGUAUAAGGAGCACAUGAUCCUGUGCAGGUUUGCUGACCAGACAGCUGUCCAGCUUCCCACUGAACGCCGCUUAAUCGGGAAACGCUGCAUGGGCUUGGUUGACUUGGACCGCAGCUGGGCUGCUGAGACUCAUGGUUACUCGGUGAAGGUGAUAACCAUGGAGCCUGAAAGCUGCUCCCCCAAGAACAACAUGAUAGUCGGCGUUCCCGCCUAGCAUGUCCAUCUGAUGACUUUAACAGCUUGAAUGCGGGAUGUAGACUGGAGCCUUGAGGAACACCUGAGAAUUAGCUGUGGUACUUCAGGAGCAAGUGUCAGCUCUGAGAUGAUGAGGAUUUCUUGAGACCAUUAAGUGUUCAAAGUGACUUUUUUAGAAAUAACAAUUUAAUGUCUUUUUUUUUUUUAAAUGAUGUUAUGAACUGCCAGUAAUGGAAUGUUUUACUCAGGAUGUGAAUCCAUAUUUGUGGACACAUUCAUUGUUUAUUUUUAAGCUCAUAACAAUUUAACUACAUUAAAUGUGGAAUGAAACAUGAUGUUCCAGCUGUACAGUUAGAGGAAAAUAAUCAAUGACUGGGUGGUGUGAUGGUUAGACCAUUAUUGUCCUCUAACAGCAUGGCCCAAAGUGUUUUAUUCCUCUUAUUUGACUUGACAUUGAUUACAAUUUUAAAAAAAAUGCCAUGUAAUACUUUUUUAACCAUUUAGAGUUACAUUUAAUGUUGUAGAAGCUUUGCCAAUCAAGUUAUUAUUUGCAUUAUAACAGAUGUUAUUCUAUCCACAUUCUCUGGAUAUGAGCAAUCACAUGCUCUGAUUGGCUACUCUACUACUAGGCUAUCAGCUCAUAUCCCGUGAGUAGAGAAAAACAAAAUGGCGGAGCAUGUUGCCGAACCAAACGAGGACGAAAUAAAAACUCUACUCGAAAACAAAAACCCCAAAACAUACAAAAAAGCAACAAAAUAUGGAAUAAAAGUAUUUGAUGGUAAGAAUAUAUUUUGGUUAUUUUUCAAGAAUUAUUAUUAUCGCAUUAUUCACAAAUGGUGACUGUCAUUUCGCCGGUUUGUUUACAUUCUGAGCGGAAAUUAUUUUGUCAGACGUUUUGUAUAAAGUUUUUAUUUAUCGAAUUUGCAAAAAAGAAAAAUGCUCCGUUUCUCAAAAUCCAGUGAAUGUAGAUAGAAUAAAAUAGUUAUUCCACUCAAUCUCUUACAUGGCUUAGAGCCAACUCGGUGCUACGCACUUUGUCGACUAUCACCUCAUGUACCACUCAAUUUCAUGGAAUAACUAUUGUAGUAAUCUGUUGUACCCUC